AUGAAGAUUAACGAGAAGAAUUUAUGUGCUUUCGCUUCAUCGUCGACUCCCGUGGAUCGGGAGGGUUGGUUAGAAAUGAGGGGUGAAGUCGGCAAGAGUUACCAAAGAAGAUAUUUUAUGUUAAAAGGAAAUCUGCUGUUUUAUUUUGAAAAGAAAGGAGACAAAGAACCUGUGGGGGUCGUAAUACUCGAGGGAUGCACUAUUGAAUUAACAGAGGAAGAAUCAUAUAGCUUCAAAAUAGUGUUCCACUGUGAAGGUGGCCGUACUUAUUAUCUAUGCACAAACUCACAGUCUUCAAUGGAGGGCUGGAUGAAAGCCUUGGCCUGUGCUAGUUAUGAUUAUAUGAAACUUAUGGUGGCCGAGCUUCAGAGACAAUUGGAUGAAGCUCAAGCUGAAGAGUCAGUAGAAGCUGCGACUGUGGUCACCGUCUCUCAAGCAGGAGAAGAACCCAAAGUACCACCGAGAGGACAGAGACACAACCCAUUUAACAAAGCACCUGAUGAUAGUAAAGUUGUUGCCGGGAGUAGGCAUUACAAAGAGAACAUGAAACCAGAAGUGGCUCGAAAGAAAGUUCCAUUUCGGGAAAUACACAAGGCACACGGACGAAAGAUCUUGUCGGACCGCAGUGAGUGGCGAGCCUCACUACGUUCACGACUCAAUGAAACACCACUCAUACAACUAUGA